AUGGCUCUCCAAGCCUACCGCAGCCUCCUCCGCGCAACGCGCCUGACCUUCCGAGGCGACGAGCGGCUCCUCACCAACGCCCGGGACCAGAUCCGCGCCGGGUUCCGCGAGAAGGCGGCGCUGUCCCCCUCGGACCCGGCCGUCGCGCCCGCGGUGCAGCACGCGCAGCAGAUCGCCGCGAUGCUGCGGGAGAAUGUUGUGCAGGGGCGCAACGAGGGCGAUGGGAGAUAUACUCAGCCCAUGCACGCCCGGCGGGACGCAAAGGGGCCUACGAGACGAGCAUGA